CUCUCUCUGAGCAUAAACCCUCUAACGUCUUCUCCAAAACCCUCUCAAGCCACCGCUCGCCUCAAUCCAUCAUGGACACCGUCUAAACCCCGACCUCGCCGCCGCCGUCCGCCGCCGUCUGCCGCCGCGAACAAUGUCGGCCUCUAAGUUCCUCCUCUUUGGGACCGCCCUCUUCCGCGCCCGCGCUCCCCUCCCUCCGCUUCUCCUCCCCAAGCCAUUCCCCCGCCACCCCCUCCGCUUCCGCGGCCACUGCUCCGCCUCCGCCGCCGAAGCCGUCGCGGCCGACGCCUCGCAGGCGCCGCUCCUCCUCCACCACGACCACGACCACGACCACCACCCGUGGCCCGAGUGGGUGAGCUUCGUCGACCGCCUCAAGGCCAAGGGUUACUUCGCCGACCGGCCGCCCCCGAGCGAAGGGAGCGAAGGGGAUUCCGCCGCGAAGGAGCCGGGCGAUGUUGUGGAGAACCGCGAGCUUUACAAGGAAAUGAGGUUGCUGAAGGAUCCCUGCCUCAGCUUCGCGCGCGACCGAUACGACAUUUUCAAAUCGCUGUCUUUACAGCACAUUCAAACAGUGGUGGAGCAUGGAUGCCCCAAUCUUCUUCGCAAGGCUGUCAACUCAGGGAAAAGGCUGAGAGUCUAUGUGCAACUUGACGAAGGGGAUGUCUGCAGUGCGUGCAACCUGCGAGGCUCUUGUGAUAAAGCUUACGUGAUACUCAAGGAAUCUGAAGCUGCUGCUCGCACAGUAGAUAUCGUCCGGAUAUUGUUAUUCUAUGCAACAGAUCCACUUGUUUUUUCAGGUGGUCAGAAACCUCCUGGCAGAGACCUUGUUGAAUCCUCUGCAAGGGAAUUGCUUACUCAGUUAAUUGAGCUGAGUGAGACAUCCCCUGAUCCAGAACUCCCCAAGCCUGCUACAAAAGUUCGGCGUGCCAUAAAGCAAUCGAUUAAUUUUGUUGAUGAUAAUUUGUCGCAAGAUGUGGAAAUGAAGAGGGGUGAUUGGAUGUGUCCCAAAUGCAAUUUCUUGAACUUUGCUAAAAAUAUUCGAUGCUUAAAAUGUAUGGAAGAUGGUCCCAAACAAGUUGACACGAAUAAUGUCGAGAUUAAGAAAGGAGAUUGGCUUUGCCCUGAAUGUAAUUUUGUCAAUUUUUCUAGAAAUGCACAUUGCCUAAAGUGCAAAACUCAGGGCCCAAAGAAGGUUGGUGUCGAUGAGGUGGAAAUGAAGAAGGGUGACUGGAAUUGCCCACAGUGCAGUUUCAUGAACUUUGCAAGCAAAAGGAAAUGCUUGCGCUGUGAGGAGCCUCGUCCCAAGAGGCAGUUAAAUCAUGGAGAGUGGGAAUGUCCUUCGUGCGACUACUUGAAUUACAGAAGGAACGCGUCCUGCCUAAAAUGCAACCACAGGCGGCCCCAAGAGACAAGGACGGAGUACGAGGAGCAAAUAUGGAGGAGCCCUCGAUAAGCCAAAUCUCGUUAAGGCAUUCGGAAUAGUUCCGUGGCAGGAUCUCGAGCAAGCUACUUCCCGUGUGCAUUAGUUUUCACUUUCAUUCUGUUCUGUAAAUCUGUGAUCUCCCAAAUUUUGAGUAAAAUGAAAGAAGAGACGAUUAUAAGUUGACAAAUUGGAUCUUAUACGCUGAAUGGCCUGCCGAGCAUGGUAGCUACUGCAUAUUUUGGCCUGA